UCAUCAUUCUGCUACUUGACGUUUCUUUAUUUUGACAAAACAAAAUAGAUUUUUGCGAAUUAUAAGCAGACUAAGUCAUAAAAAUCCAUUAAAUAUCGAAAGGUCAAAUGGACAAUCAUCAGAUAAAAGCCGAACCGCCCGAUGACAAAUCGACCGUUAACAUAGAAUUUCCGGACGAUGUUACCGGUGUGAAAGUUGAUCCGUCGGCAGCAGUAAUUAUCGAUGGAUCCGCCGUAUACAUUAAAUCCGAAGUAACGUUUGGUGAAUACGAAUACACUCCAGCCGCUCCGGCAGUAUCAUCUAGUGUUGCAGAGAUAAAAUUAAGAAAUAUCGAAGAAUUACUGGACACAGACCCCUCACAGCCAAAGGACCAAAGUAGAAACGAAUUUAAGUGUACGAGAUGUGGACAAUGUUUUGAUCAAAAGCCCGCUUUAAAGAGACAUGUUAAAUGGCAUUUACGGCCAUUUAAAGUUGUGGAGGAGGGAUUUCCUUGCGAAAUUUGUGGAUUGAAGUUUCUCCAUGAGUCCACCGCAAUCAAGCAUAAGACCCUGCACACCGGUGAGCCACUUGGUGAAAAAGAGCUCGAUUGCAAAGUAUGCGGGAAAGUGUUUAAAAAUAGGACAAAACUUCGAUAUCAUCAGCAGGAGGUUCAUGGUGAAAAAAGUGUGAUGUGUGACAUAUGUGGGAAGACUUUUAAGUCGAAGAACGCGAUACCGAACCACAUGAAGAUUCAUUUUGAUGAGAAAACUUGGGAAUGCGAAUAUUGUGGCAAGAGAUUCAUACAAAAAUCAGCAUUCAAAACGCAUCAAGCAACGCAUAGAGAGAAGCCAUUUCAUUGUGACGAAUGCGACGCUAAAUUUUCUACAAAGGAGUCAUUACACAGUCACAAACUGAAACAUUUGGAUCCGUACGUUUGUGAUACAUGCGGUAAAGGAUACACAAGUACAAAAUCUCUCAACAACCAUAAAAUUUCACAUGAAAUCAAAUCGCACCUUUGCGUAGAAUGUGGUGCGAGUUUCAUCAGAAAGUAUGACCUGACAGUUCAUCAGAGAGUAGUUCACCGCAAAGAAAAACGUUUCUCCUGCGACGAAUGUGGGAUGCUCUUCUCCUCAAAAACAUCACUCACCAAUCACAAAGUCAGACAUACCGGCGCAAAGCCUUUCAGUUGUGGAGAUUGCGGAAAGACGUUUGGCUACAAGGCUGCCUUAGAAAAUCACCGGCUUACGCACAUGGAGAUCAGCGAUGAUAAAAAAUUCUCGUGCGAUGAUUGCGGAAUGAAAUUCAGCUUCAAGCAUGUCCUGCAAAAGCACAAAGCACGGCACAGCGGAGAUAAACCAUUUAUCUGCGUCCAAUGUGGAAUGGGAUUCGCUGCAAAAUCUGGUCUCGAUUCACACAAACUAACCCAUAGCGGAGAGAAGCCUUUUAGUUGCGAAGAAUGUAGCUCGGCAUUUACCACUAAAUCUUUGCUGCACCAACACAAACGUAGUCACCGACAAAAGAAACCUGAGGACCAAGAAAAGCCUUUCGACUGUGAUUUGUGUGGCUCGAAGUUUUCAGCUAGAUCUUCGUUGUAUCGACACAGAAGAGAUCAUCACAAUAAAAAUUCUCUCACUGGCGCAGGAAAGUCUAAGAUUGUGUCUCAGACAACUGCCGCUGAAGACAAUAAAAAUUCUCUCACUGGCGCAAGAAAGUCGCCAAUUGUCUCUCAGUCAACUGGUGCUGAGGACAAUAAAAAUUCUACCACGAACGCCGGAAAGUCGAAAAUUGUAUCUGAAACACCACAACCACCUUGUGCUGAGGACAGUAGCUGGACGUUUUCGGAGACAUUGAGUCCUACAGUAGACCGACCGAUUAGCGUUGAUUCGUUCGCCGAUGGUUUAGGAAUACGUUUUGACGAAGGACAAGAAACAAAGCCAGUCACAAUAGCCGAAGGACUACUGUCUUAUCAUAAGCGGAAUGGAAAAACAGAAAUACAGGCAGCUCAGAUUCAAACGGCAAUCGUUGAAAAAGACGUAGAGAAAAAGCUGCAUAAACCUUCCGUCCACUACAAUAGACGUCCACGAAUUGUGGAAAAGCCAUUCUCCUGCGGUGAAUGCGAUGAAAAAUUUGCAACACAAACACGUUUCAAACACCAUCAGCGGAUUCAUGAACCUGGCGUUAAUCAAUUUUGUUGCGACAAAUGUGGAAAGACGUACAGAUUGCAUCAUACGUUCCAACGUCACAAACGCAUGCACGAGGGUAUAAGAAAUUUUAUCUGCGAUAUUUGUGGAUUUAAAUUUCGAAUAAAGUCACACUUAGAGAUGCAUUUGUUAAGGCACGUGGGCGUCAAAUCAUUCUGUUGUGAUGAGUGCCCAUUGAGAUUUGUUGGAAAGUCUGACCUGACACAACACAAACGGCACUCACACCGCACUGGAACUGUUGUUGUGAAAUCAUCAUAACUACCCGAUAGCACAAAAUCUGUGAAUAAAAACUAAAAAUAAAAAUUUUAAAAAUUGGAAAUUUAUU